AUGAAUCAGACUUUUUCAAACUUACAAGAUAUGACUGAUUACAGUUUCUCUAAUAGAAAAGAUAGAGAUGUACCUCGCAUAAAAUUUAGUAACUAAAGUCAACUUUAAACUGACAUCAACUCAUCAAACAUUCUAGUGAACUCGAGAAAUCAGCUUAUCAAUAAGAUAACUACCAAGAAUAAAUAAACUGGCCGCACUGCUAAGCUAGCUAAGCAAAGCAGUCUAAUAGUAUACAGUGAUAUAUCACCUAUAGUUAGCAUUUAGAAUAAAGAAGUUCUCUUGCCUGAAAUAGGUCUAAAUAAGUUCAGAGAUGAAUCACUUGUUGAUUCUAUAGCUCCAACGAAUCCCUUUACUUAUGAGAAAAAUCUAUCAAAAAUGUUGGUAGUCAGAGAAAGGGAAAGAGAGCUCAAGCGAAUUAAUUUCGAAAGAAGCAGACUGAACAAGACUGAGGUUGGUUUCACCAAUCAGAAUCACAGUUGA